AGGCAUUCGCGAAACAGCAGCUUGGGGUCAAAUCGGGCCAAUCAGCACUAUACUCGGUCUUUCCUGGGACAAGAAAGAUGACGUCAUAAAAAUCGAGAUACCGUCCGGAAAAGCACAAGCAUCCAAACGAGAAAUACUUAAGCCGAGUGAUGGUGGCAUUCUUGAAUGUCAUGGCAGAAUACAAGGAGCCUUCCCAACCUACCUCCCAGACAAUGACAUGUACACCGAGAAACUAGUGGGACAUGCCCACAAUGUGACCCUUCAUGGGGGAGUGGGUCUGACUAUGGCUAAGGUACGAGAGAGCCACUGGAUUCCACGACUGAGGAGACUUACUAGAAGAGUUAUCAAGAACUGUUUCGGAUGUAGACGGUUCCAUGCAACACAUUUUCCAAACCCACGACCUGGAGAAUUACCGAAAGAUCGGACUGAGGUUAAUUUGCCUUUCCAAGUCGUAGGGGUCGACUACGCGGGUCCAAUUAGGUACCAGAAUCGGGGAAAGUGGAAAAAGAAAGUGGGUAAAGACGGUAUCGUACGGGGAGCGAAACUACGAGUAGGACAGAACACAUUAGAACGUGCAGUUCAACACCUAUACCCUAUGGAACUGUCCUGUGACGUAGCCGUAAAGACGCCAGAGUCGAGACCAAGAGAAACAGAAAUGAGAGCUGAUGUACCCGAGUUCAGACCAAAGAGAAAUGCUGCAGCGAUAGCAGAAUGUCGAAUUCAGGACAUAGCAGGUGACGAACAGAAUUAGAACGUUACUCAUAUAUAGAUACAUAUUCAGCCAUAUAGAGAACAAUAUAUCUUGAGUAAUAAUACAAUAUAAUUUAAGUUUUGUUAGGUUACGAACAGUCAAAUUUACACAUAUAGUCGAAAUCAAUCAUUAUGAACGGUGAACGAAAACACAAUUCAUUCAUAUUCGUUUUACAGAAAACGAAUAGGGGGAGUGUGUUGCUUGAGAAUUGUGGUAAUAUUAGUUAAUUAGGAUAAUAUGUAUUUAGUUAUUAAGAACUGUCAAUCAAAUAAUGCAUGCGUCAUAAGUUAAUUAAAUAGAGUAUCAAAUUUAUAAGAGUGAUUAAGUGAUAGCGUAACUGUUGAGACUGUGAAUUUAGAUCGAGCUAGUGAUUUUGUGAUCCGUAAAGUGAUUUAGAGAAAAACCCAAACUAUUGUGACUGUGUUGGCUUAGCAUUUAGUCUCUAACGGCAUUCCCGACAACAGAGUUGGGGAAGCAAAUAAAGCCGAAAUUUAAUGAAAUCAAGACCGACAACAGCAUUCAAUUCUUUCGUACGUAAGUAUGUACAGUACUUAUUUUAAUUCUCUAUAUAACCUUGUCCUAUAUGCAAACAGUAAUUAUACCAAACCGUAGUUACGUACUUCCGGUUAACAUGAGAUGCACGCUGUGUGUUGCCAUGAGUCAGUACAAGUUGUGUAGCCGUUAUAAUUGGACGCGAGUGUUGGGAACUUUUUCAGGUAAUUAUUUUCCAAUUUAUUUGCUUGAUUUGUGUUUAUGCUUCAGGUUGUUUAGGUAUUUAUCGAAUCGAUGAAGUAAAGCCCUUACGACAAGUCGACAAUCGUUUGAAUAAUGAUUUUGUAUAACAUUGCACAAUUUCAUAGCCGUAUGUAUUCGUCGUUUUAAUGACGUUUUGGGAAAGAAAGUUUUAGUUUCCCAUUGCAAAAUUUAUAAAGGGAAAGAAAGUUAUAGUUUCCCUGCGUCUCUCUGCCACAUUUGAGGCUAUAUUUGCCGCUUGAAGGGAAGAAAGUUAUAGUUCCCUUGUAGACGCGUACCAAUGAAGCGUGACAAAUACGCCAUACUAUAUACAUGUGAAUAUGACUGAUCGACCAAACAAACACGGAACAAUCUGUUGAUUUGACCACAGAUAAUACGACUGAUUUAAAAGAGUCGAUGGCUUCAAUGAUGUCUGAAAUGAUGUCGCUCAUGACAGACGAUAUGCUCAGACAGUUUGAGGAGUACUCUGGCGCUCCCAAGCCUGAGGCAAACUCUGGCGAUGUUGAGGCAAAUAGUGAUCAACCCUUACCCGAUGUGUCGGAUGCCAUCGAAAAUUAUCUACAGACAAAACGGGACCGGCAAUUGACGACAAACUGGCUAAUAUUAUAA